AUGGGGAACCACAAGGAAGGCUCAAGCUCCCCUAGGUCUCAUGCGCGCUUUCAGAUCGGGGAGAGAGGCACUGCGUCCACAUCUGGACCGCCCUAGCCAGCGGCGGAAUCCCACCAGGCCAUGUGAAUUCUAGGGGUGGCCCCCCGUGCCUUCGCCUGCAGUUGCCGUUGCCUUAUAAGGCGGGGCCGGGCGGCGCCGGGGGAGUGGCUGCAGCCGCCCCUGCCCCUGCUGGCCUUGGCCAGCUGCUGGGACCCACCACCCCGCGCAGCGCAGCCGCCGCGGAGCAGAGGAGCACACACACACAGUCGGCCAUGGGCAAGUCAGCUUCCAAACAGUUCAAUAACGAGGUCCUGAAGGCCCACAACGAGUACCGGGCUCAGCACGGUGUCCCCCCACUGAAGCUUUGCAAGAAGCUCAACCAAGAAGCCCAGCAGUAUUCAGAGGCCCUGGCCAGCACAAGAAUCCUCAAGCACAGCCCAGAGUCCAGUCGUGGCCAGUGUGGGGAGAACCUUGCAUGGGCAUCCUACGACCAGACAGGAAAGGAAGUGGCUGAUCGGUGGUACAGUGAAAUCAAGAACUACAACUUCCAGCAGCCUGGCUUCACCUCAGGGACCGGACACUUCACGGCCAUGGUGUGGAAGAAUACGAAGAAGAUAGGCGUGGGGAAGGCAUCGGCAAGUGACGGCUCCUCCUUUGUGGUGGCCAGAUACUUUCCUGCAGGGAAUGUCGUCAACCAGGGCUACUUUGAAGAAAAUGUCCCACCUCCAAAGAAGUAGCUCAUCAGAUGUCAGGAGAAGCUGGAGACACACAUACGAAGUGCCCACAGAACAACAAAGAGCCAGCCGAGGGUCUGCCCCAUGGGUGUACUGUGCACGCUAUAGGCGGCUGGGCAUGAACUCAUCCCGGUUAAAGGAUGGACAUCCGAAGCGUUUAUCCCGAGGGUUACCUAGACCACAGUUACUUAGAUUUGGGUGAGAUCAAUCUUGACAUCUUUUUGCUGUUAGCUUUUACGCAGACUUCUUUUGUGUAUCUCUUACUUCUGAUAUCUAUCCUCGGACUUUGUGUAUCCUGAAUAUUUACCACGCUGAGAAGUAAGGUCGUUUGAUGGGAACUUCCUGCGCUGUAAUCUCCUUUUGGUAGAUUUUUGAAGAGUAUUAAAACUUCCUUUAAAUGUGACAUAAAGCAGCUUGCAUUAGA